AUGGCAUCUACAGAGAGUGCAAAUGAAUCUGCAUCUCAACCCAUAGCACCCGUGCAAGUCCUGUAUUGCGGAGUCUGCACGUUCCCUGUUGAGUACUGCGAAUUUGGUUCGCAUUUGACAAAGUGCAAGGAAUGGCUCGAGAAGGAGCACCCGGAUGUAUACCCAAGGUAUUACUCUGAAGAGGCCUUGCAAGCGAAACUGGGCACGCUCAGCUUGGAAGCGCAGUCUAAGAUUGACAAGGAUACGGCGAAGAAGGAGAAGAAGGCGGAGGCCAAGGCAAAUGCGGAGAAGGAGAAGAAGAUGAAAUCACAAGUCACGGUCAAACGAAUAGAACGCAACAGACGGAAAUAUGUGACUGCGAUACAUGGAUUGGAAGCGUUCGACGUCGAUCUCAAGAAAGCCGCCAAGUUCUUCGCGCAAAAGUUCGCGACCGGUGCAUCCGUCACGAAGAACACCCAGGGCUUCGACGAGAUCGUCGUGCAGGGCGAUGUAUCGGUUGAUAUCGUCGAGAUGAUCGAGGAGGGCGUGGGGUUGCUGAAGGGCGUGCCGAAGGAGAACGUGGUUGAGGUGGAGGAGAAGAAGAAGUAG